CCGAUCCUCCUCGAGGACCACACCGACUCUGGCUCCGAGCAAUGCAAAGCGCUGUGGGCAAAGCAUGUCACCAUUGACGAUUAUGUCAUUGUCAGUGGCACCGCACCUGGCCUGGGAGCUUACGUCGUCUUCCACUGCACCGUCGAAACAUUGCAUGGAGGGCCCAUGAAGAUUAUUAAAAGAUAUUCCGAGUUCGACGAGCUGCGGCAAAAGCUAGUGCAAACGUUUCCGCAUGCCGAGGGAGCCAUGCCUCCACUACCACCAAAGAGCGUAAUAUCUCGCUUUCGACCGAGAUUUCUAGAAAAACGAAGGACCGGCCUCUCGUAUUUCCUCAAUUGCAUCCUACUGAAUCCCGAAUUCGCGGGUUCGCCAGUCCUAAAAGAAUUCCUCUUCUCUUGA